AGUGCACCGGCAGCUCCCAUCAGAUACAUUUCUGUUUCGUAUGCUAAUCGCUUAACAGAUCGUGUGUUGGACGCUAAAGGAUAGUUGUGUUUUUGAUUUGUGAAUGAAGUUGAUUUUGUUGCCAGUGUAGUGUUAUGUUAAAAGUGUGUUUAGUUCCUACAAAAAUGAAUGGCACGGGAACACUUCGGACUAGGUUCAGGGGUGUGAAGAAGGAGUUACUCGAAAGGCAAACCAGCCUCAUUAUACAAUCAAUGACUAUUGAUGAGCUAUAUUUGGAGAUUCUUUACGAAAUACUACACAAUGUCGGGGGAUGUGACGUGAACUGUGAAGUUGCACAGGCAGCUAUGCUGUCUUAUGUACAAGAAGCUUUCAAAAUAGCAAAUGACAAACAUACACAACUACUCACCACGGCCGAAGCGAAGGAACCUCCCGAGCUUUUGCUGAAUGUGGAGGUGGUUGAAGCAAAAGAUUUGGUUCCAAAAGACCCGAAUGGUCUGAGCGAUCCCUUCGUUACUAUAUACUUGAUGUCAAAUUCAGCACAUAGAUAUAAUACGUCUGUGAAAUCGGGCACCCUCAAUCCAGUAUGGGAGGAACACUUCUCUUUACCGAUGCCGGGAAAUAUACACGAAGACUCGCUAUGCUUGGAAGUCUGGGACUUCGAUCCAGCUGAAACGGUGAAGGAGAAGAUGACCAAGAUUUUUGAAGUAAAAGGAGUUAAGGGCCUCCGGAAACUCAUGAAGGAGAUAGCCAUCACUGCUUCUACUGGGAAGCAUGACAAUGAGCUGAUAGGAACAUCCAAUAUUCCACUUAAGUCAAUACCCGCUGGAGGCAUGACUAUGUGGUUUAACUUAAGCAAGAAGAGUAAAUUAAGGCGUCAAGGAGUGGUGAAGGUGCGGCUUAACUUCUCUUCAGAGAAGAAUUCGCAGGUGGCUGCACAGGAACACCGCCAUCUGCUCAGAAUACUCCUGCUGCAUGAGCUGGAGAGCUCAAAGGUGGCGCCUUUUUGGUGGUGCGGUAACUUUAGCGCCCCAGCGGAAUCUAUCCUUACUCAGCACGCGGCACAAAGCGGCCUCUCGCAGACGGACAAUUGGUUAGCGCAGUGGAGUGUAUACUGUGCUGUCACCGCAGACCACCCGCUCAGCUUCACCCUCUUCAACCAGCUGUUAGACAAGCUCACUAAAUCGCUGCAAGCAGGGCUUGUGAGUGAAGAGGAUGUCAAGCUGUUCUGGGACGGUGCCAAGAAACUUCUACCUACAUGCUUUAGUCACGUCAGGAAAUUGAGAAAGAAGACAGCAGGCGACAAAAUAGUAAUGAAAACCCUCCGUGAAGUCCUCAAGAUUCUUUAUAAAUUAUCAAUAAUAGAUGCACCAGAGACUAUUCCAUUAUUCCCAACGGCUUUGUACGGUUGGUUAAGGGAUGAUGGACAGAAGUUGACUAUUCAUGAAGUUCUACAUCAAGCCGUUAUUCAAGGUGCAUCUGAUUGGUUCGUCCACAUACUGGAUAAUAACGAAUGUAAGGACAAGACAGAAGAAUCAAGAUUGCAACACUUGAUUAGAGUCAUACAGUUGGUGCGGUCUGAUCUUCAACGUGCCGUGGAAUACUACGACAGAGUUUUUGUUGAAGUGAUGUCGUUCCCUUACUCAAAGGCACUUUACGGUCUAUACGAGAGCAAGAUCGCGUCGUUAGUUGAGCCUGAAGUGAUACAAGUAUGUAAGAGUCUCAAACGGCUACAUUAUCACGAAGGUUCGACCAAUAACGUUCAACUCGCUGGUGGAAUUAAUGGUGAAACUACUAUGGGUUCUCCCAACGUGGGAUCUGAACCUUUGGCGAUGGGAACUACAUUGUUUGAGCUGUAUUUAACUUUGCAGAGAUUUUUGACACUAGGACAAGGAUUAAAUGAAACAGAGUGGAAUAACUAUGCCAUAUCAAAAUUCCACUCGUGGUUCUUCGGUGGUGUCGCCCAAUGGUUAGACAUAGCCGCUUAUAAAGCAUUGACUCGAAUAGAGAAAGCUGUCGAUUUAGAUAAUUUGGUGCCAGUCGAUUCAAAUGUCAAGUAUAGCAGUUCCGGUGUGGAUACCCUGGCUAUUUUCUAUCAAAUCAAGAUAUUCUGGCAACAAUUAGCUUGGCCUGACGUAGAAGGAUGCUAUACUUUCGUAGCUAAAAUUAUAGAUGAUAUUUGUAGAUGCUGUGUGUUCUAUUCAGAUAAAAUGUCCGAUCGAGUAGACAAUGUCGGUAAAGUGACCACAGUCUACGAAGAAAGAUUUGAGGUGACCACAGAGUGGUGUGUCGCAAUAAACAAUAUAGACUAUGUCAGGCAGAGCUUAGAGCCUUUCGUUGAUGAAUUAGGUAUGGAUGACAUUAUUCAGAAGAUGUGCGAAGCUAAAUCGCCUGUCGAAGCGCAAAGGUGUAAGGAGACAUUACAAAAUGUUAUCGCUAAUGCAAUAGACACUGUAAGGAACAAAAUAGUUGAUCUGCUAGAAGUAAUGGUGAAAAAGAUGAUGCCAUCCAUCAAGCGAUUUUUAGUUGAGGGUGCGGAGUUACUUCAUCAAGACUGUUCCAGCAUGGAUCGUGUGAUGAGGUAUCUGGAAGCCAACUUAGACACCUUGUACCAACAUCUCAACAACGAAAAUUUCUCUAGAACUCUUGACAUAGUCUGGGAACAGCUGGGUGAAGUUUUAUACGAGCUAAUACAAGUAAACUUAGAGAAACGUCGACCUCCUAGUUUCUUUUCGAAUCUCCAUGAGUGCCUCAAGAUUAUGAUACAGUCAUUCCGCCAAGAAAGUAAGGAAGCUUACUCAUCGGAGACAUUGAAAAGAGUAGAAUAUUUACUGAAGUUACAUGGUAUGGAGACGACGGAACUGAUACAUCAGUAUCAUUUGGAGAGAUGGCAAGAGCAACAGACCAUACAAGAUCCAAAAUAUGGUAUACUCACUGUUAGAGCGCAGUUUAUUGAUGACAAUUUGAAAAUUGAAGUAAUGAAUGCACGCAAUUUAAUGCCGACCGAUUCUAAUGGUUUAUGUGAUUCAUAUGUACGAGUGUCAUUAUUACCUGAAGAUACUUUCGCCAAUGUUAUGAAGCCUAAGACGCAGACGCACAAUAAAAAUCUAUUUCCACUUUACGACGAGAUGUUUGUCAUUCCAUUGACGCAUGACCAACGGCGUGUAAACGACGGCUUAAUGCAUUUCGUGAUCAAAGACAAGGACAUGUUCAGUGUGAAUAAUACUUUCGUGGGCGAAGCGUACCUUAACUUCAGCGAGGUACCCGAUACUCCUGCACCUAUCAGCAGUUUACCGCAGCAAUUAUUGCCUCUUAGCAGACCCAGCAACUUAGACGGUGAAGCGAUCAAAGCAUUGGAAACACGUGUGGGCGACAAACAAGCACGCGAGUUCCUUAAAAAGCAGAGACAAAAGAUGCCAAGCAAGCAAUUUUUCUCACUCGGCUGAAGACAAUAAAAAUAAUAAAUUAGACUUUAAAUUGUUUCAGACUAGAAUGUGUUUUGGCUGUGUUAUGGUGUGUGCUUUGAAGAUGUUUUUAACG